UAUAUUUGUUUGAUAUCUUUAUAUGUGUCCAGUGAAUGUUGCAAUUUGGAUUGUAUUUCUACUGUUUCAUGUGUUUGUGUAGUGAAUAUAGUGUUUUUCUAUCGUUGAAUCGCCAAUCACACAGGGGUCUCUUUUGUUACUGUAGCGACCGCCGCCAUGUAAACAUCAAUACACGGAUCGAAUCACAAUUCACGGCGAAGCUGAAAGAAUUACACGUAUUUCUAAUAUAAACCGAAUAAAAAUCAGCAAAAUAGUAGAAAAGUAGAAAAAUGGCAACCCAAGUAAGAGGAAUACAGGAUGAGAAACCAUGGUUUUACACAGCAACAGGACUUUUAGGCGAUAAACGUGACACAAUGUUGGACAAUCAACUUUUGUUGAGGCCCGAGCUUGGUCGUCCACUAGAGAGGGGAUACUCUGUCCCUAAAAGCUUUACAUUUGGUCGACCAAAUGGUCUGAAAGAUGGUGGAGCAUCAGAGGCACUUCGAGGUUGGACCAGUUCAAUCACACUGCCUUUACACAGACAGAAAGAACUUAAAACAGAAAGAGACUUUAUAGGACUUAACAAAGCAGCUGUUCAAGCUGGUCUUAUCUCAGCCCCAGAACAAUAUCACUUUAGAGCUUCACAUGAUGUCAGAAGAAAUGUUGCGACAGAAGAAAAGAGUAAAACACGAUCCAGACGGUUACCACCCACCAUGGUGUUUGGUAUAUCAACAAGACCUUCCACUCCAGUAUUCGACCUUCUAGAACACAAAUACCAAGAUAAAUGGCUAGCAGAAAGACGAGCGGCUGAUCUAGCCAAGCGAAAGAAUGAACAAGACACUAAAAGAACCACUGGGAAAGUUUAUGAAACUAGGGCUUCCCUUCUUAGAACAUACCAAAAUCCAGUUGAACCAGCUCCCUUAUGGCAGAUGCCCAGAUUCAGUAGAAAUGCCCAUCCACACUUAGAAACAUUCCGUAAUGACAAUCUCAAAACAUCUGCAUUCAAACACCAUGAAAGUGAUGGUAUUUCAAGGAAAGGCGCAUUUGCACAUGGAAUAUAUGAGCCAGCCAAAAGUUAAUACAAUGGAACAAUAUUAGACUAUUACAAAUUAACAUUAACACCAUCUACAUAAUUACAUCUAUACAAUAUAGAUGGCGUAAACAACACUUGCCUUGAAAACAGACAAUCUUUUUACUAGCAGUGACCUCUAUAAUGAAAUGUAAAAAUUAUUUUCAUGAGCAUUUUUAUUUAGAUUUUUACAGUAAUGAUGUUUCCUUUUAGAUCCUCAAUAUGAAUUUUUAAUUGAUGGAACUUAAAUUUUAGCAAGUUUUUAUCCAAUUAAACUGCAAUAUGUAUAUAGUUUAUGUAAAUAGUACUAUAAAGGUGUAUGUAUUGUAUAUAUUAUCAGUGAAUCAAAUGGACAAAAGUAUUAUAUGGAUUUCUGGAUAUAUCUAGAGAUGCAAAGAUGUAUGUUGCCUAGUUGAAUUGGAAAUAUUCUUCAGUUCAAAUAAAGGAACUGCAUUUGUUUUGUAAGAGAAAACCUUAAAGGGUUUAUUGUUUUUUAAAAUAAUAUAAAUAAAUGAUAUAAUUUAUUAAAAAAUAUAA